AUGAGCACAAUUGCAGAUUCACUACGAAAUGUCAUGCGAACGUCAGCUCAACCGGUUGCGGUAAUCACAACGAAUCUCUCCAGAAUAAAAGAUGAUGACAAUCAAUACGUACAUGGUGCAACAUUAUCAAGCUUUACAACCGUCUCGCUUGAUCCGCCUUUGGUUGCUUUCAGCUUACGUAUCCCGAGCAGAUUAGCAGAUGCAUUAACAGAAGGAAACACACAGAACCCUACACAACCGCAUUUUAUUAUCAAUAUCUUGAGUCAAAAACAAGAAGUAGCAGCUGCUGGGUUUGCUAAACCUGGCUUACCACCUUUUCCACUUUCUGCCCUCGACGAGCAAGCUGCAAAGGACAAGAUAAAAGGACAUGGAGAUGAACCUCACCCGUUCACGCAAAUAGCAACCCAUCAUUCCGCCUCAACCGAACAGCCAGUCCUCGUGCUGAGCGAAAGUAUAGGCGCUUUGGCUUGUAGUGUGAUAAGUCGACAUAAUCUUCAACAAGAACAUCCAAAACAAACCCAAAAUACAGAAGGAUCCGAUCUAUUCUUAGCAAAAGUACACGCUUUCGAAAAAUUGAAUACCCAAGAAAAUCUUUUGCCUUUGAUUUAUUGGAAUAGACGGUUUACCACGAUUAAAAAUUGA